GACAGCGGUUCCGGGUGUGAGAGGCCAUGUGUAGAGUGUCAGGAGCUCCACUGAGUGAGGAUUUACAAGUCGCUAGACAGGUCAUGGCUUAAUGGGGUUUUAGUUCGUUUCUUUUCCCUCUGACCCUAGACUUGUUCUUCCAUGGAUAUUUCCUGCGUUUUGCACAGACUGGGAGCCGGCAGGAGGAUACUAUGGGGAGCUUUGAGACAGACCAGGACAAGCAGAGGAUACAGUGGAUACUUAUUUGGAGAACAAGGGGUUACAUCGAAAUGGCUGUCAGAAUCUGGGGUGUUAAAAUCAAAGCCACAUCCAUACAUGGGUGGCAUAAAUCGGCAUACAUCCACUGAUGCAUCACAGGCUACGUUGGCAAGCGUGGCCCCAGUAUUUUCCAUUAUAAAAUUUGACAAAGUGGGGAGCAUUACGUCUUUUGAAAGGAAAAAAACUGAAUUGUACCAGGAACUAGGUCUUCAAGCUCGAGAUCUAAGAUUCCAGCAUCUGAUGAGUAUCACCUCUAGAAACCAGAAGAUCAUCUUAAGAAUGGAGUUCCUUAAAGCCGUUAUAACUUCAGAGCAUCUCCUAAUACUGGAUUAUCGCAACCUCCAACUGGAUCAGUGGUUAUUUAGAGAACUUGCACCCCAGUUGGCUGGAGAAGGUCAGUUGGUCACCUAUUCCUUGCCUUUUGAAUUCAGAGCCUUGGAAGCUAUUCUACAACAUCGGAUGAGCAUUCUUCAAGGGAGACUACAAUUUUUGCAUCCUCAUAUCAUGGAAACGUUGGAAGCAUUGGUGGAUCCAAAACUACUGUCAAUAGAUAGGAGCAAAUUGCACAUUUUGCUUCAAAGUGGAAAAAGUUUGUCAGAAUUAGAAACAGAUAUUAAGGUUUUCAAAGAAGCAAUAUUAGAAAUCCUUGACGAAGAUGAAUUGAUUGAAGAGCUAUGCCUUACCAAACGGACAGAUUCUCAAGUCCUGGAAGAAGGUACAUCCAGGAUGGAUCAUGCAGAGGAAAUGGAGUUGCUGCUUGACAACUACUACCGUCAGGCAGACGACCUGGCUAAUGCUGCCAGAGAACUGAGAGUUCUGAUUGAUGACUCCGAAAGUGUAAUUUUCAUCAACCUAGACAGCCAUCGUAAUGUAAUGAUGAGGCUAAACUUGCAGCUAACCAUGGGGACUUUCUCUCUCUCACUCUUUGGCCUUAUUGGAGUUGCAUUUGGCAUGAAUCUGGAGUCUUCUUUCGAAGAGGAUCCACAAGUGUUUUGGCUGGUUACAGGAAUAAUGUUCCUGGGAAGUGGAUUAAUCUGGAGACGUUUGCUUUCAUUCCUUGGGAGACAUCUAGAACCAUCUGUGCCAGCCCCACAGGUCCCAUCAUUGCUGAAGAGAGCAUACCCAGUGAGCGGAAGAAUUGAAAGCAGGAAUGGCCAUAAAAUGGAAGGAUUUACAUCGUAUAGGAGCAAUGCUUCUGGCAGAUAGUUCUAAAACCGCAAAAGGAUGUAAAUGUUACAAUCACUGAUUACCUCACAUUAUCAAGUAAUUUUGGAUAAAAUAGGACAUCUGGGCAACUGGACUGUAUCUUUCUGCUGCCAUUUAGGAUUUGGUACAGUCUUUUACUCUGGCCUGCUGGCUUUUUCUUUCUUGAUUAAAAGUGGGUAAACUCCAGGUUCUAUGUAAGCCAAGCAUUUUGCUGCUAAUGAAUAAUAUUGCUCAGUGUUUGUUGUUUACCUUGUGAACGUUUCUUUUUAUGUCUUUAGGAAUUUCUUUUUAUUUUACUGUCCAUCUUUGUCUUCUAAAAAGCCUAAGUUAUUGAGUAAUACUUGCUCUAAAGCUAGUGCCAAAUUAAUUAGCAAUUAUAGCUCAUUAUUACAUGGUCUAAAUCUUUAUUUAUUGUUAUUCUCAAGAUCAGACCGUUACACGUUAUUUACUUUUAAGGAAACAAUGAGUUCAUAUAGUUAACUAUGCACCUAUUCAGUGUAGUUAAUGAAGUGUCCAUACACAAAAUUCUCUUGCUAUAUUAAAGGAACACUAUAGCAUUAGGAAUACAAUGCUGUAUUACAAACACCAUGGGAACCCUCGGCCCCUCUCCACUGUCAAUUUAAAGGGUUAUAAACCCUUUUUAUAUUUACCUGAUUUCAGCGUCAAGUUUCCUUGUUGUUGGGUGUGACUCCUCUGAUGUCAUCUGAUGGGAAAACAUAAUGGGGUGAGAACCACGCUUGCAAUAGUCCUUCCUCAUAGGGAAUACUUUAUUUAUUAAAUGCUUUUCUAUGUGUUUUUUCAACACGUUUAACAUCCUCAUGCAAAUCAUGAUGUCCAGCAUAGUUUCAGAGUCCAACUCCAUGAAACUCCAGGAAGCACCUCUUGAACAGGAACACAGCACCCAGACCCCUUCAAUAAGAUGAAGUGCUCUGGGUGCCUAUAGUCUCUCUUUAAUGUAACUUCAUCUUUAUGCUUGAAGAGGCAUCGUUACAAACUUAUAUUUGGUCUGACACACUUCUAGCACUUUUUGAAACCAGAAUCCAGUGUGGCCCACAUGUAAAAUUAUGCACAUGUUGCUGCUUUUGUGUACAGAACACUGUACAGAAAUGUUGUUCUUUUUUGACGCAAUGAUAUCCACGAUCCUAACAAUAUGUUAAGAAAGUUUUUCUUGUUGAAUAU